UUACAAACUCUUGAGAAAAAUAAGUCUGUGCGGUCUGAGCAGCCUCCAGCGUCUCUCCAUCCGUCCCUUCGUGGUGUUCGAGCGCUUGGUGUGGACUCGCUGAUGGCUAACCUCGGCUUUGGGCAUGGCUAGUGUGACUGAACCGGGCGAGUAGGAGUUUCUCACCUCGGUGAGUUCUUGUUGAUGGAGUGUGUUGUUUAUGAGCACUUUGUACGGAGGAUCGCGGAGAAAGCCUCGCAGUCAUGUCGAUGUCAUUUGGAACAAAUAUAUAGCCUCAAAGACAGGAGAGGAGGAUGAACAGUAAGGGGGUGCAGCCUUUCAUGGAUCCUUUACCUCAAGGCAAGAGAAUAAGACUAGAGGGUACUAUGAGUACUGUGGGGACGUCAGGGCUUUCAAAAGCCAACAACCCUCCCCAUUAUUCCCAAGACAAAUCUUUACCCUACAGACACACCUAUAUGUCUUGCUCUCUCAGUGGACAAGAGCCUUUAGAUCUUCUCUCGCAAUGGAGUCCCCCUAGAAUGUUUGUGAGAAAUGGAGGGAGCCCUGUGGUUCCUUCUUCAGCCACAGAGGGGUCAAUUACAAAUCCAGUCAUUUACAGGCCUGAAAAUGUGAGCUUCCCUGAGGACACUGGUUCUCCAACUGUAGCAGAGCAAGUAGCUGUUAAGCAGAAGCUUGCCUUCUGUACUAGAAGUCCAAGUAAGCACAGCCCUAGUAGUGCAGGGUUAAUAUCCCCUGUUCCUUUGAGGAAAAUCCCUAUAGGAUGCACAAGCUUAUCCCCCUCAACAGCAGAAAAAUCUGGUGGACUUGCUAUUCCAAAACCUGUGUAUGGACAUAGUCCUUGCUGUGCUGGACAAAGGUGCACAAUAGGUCACAGUUAUACUAUAGACCAAGGGCUGCAAAGGAGGCCCCCACAAAUGUUUGAGGACGAUCGGAUGGCUUGUUAUGGUUACUGGCCAUGCAUGCGUAAAAAUGGGUCAGAAGCCUUGAUGCCGCAAGGAUUAUUGCCAUUUGAGCACUGCGGAGAAAGGAUGCCAUUAAAAGGCGUAACCACAGAUGGCUGUCCUGGUCUUACCCCAAGCAAACCUCAACGAGUCUCUGCUUUUUCUGACCCACGCCAGAGCAAUUAUAUGUAUAAACAUCUUCACCCGUUUGUUCCCUCUUCACCAGAUCACUGUCAACGAUUUCAGAUGCCCAGACAGGCACAUAAGGAUCUGGUACCCGUAUAUGAUCAAGUACCUGGGAUGCAAUAUGAAACACACAUGCAAAUUUUUCCAGACUGUCCUCACACAUCUAAGUAUAGAGAGAUACCUCAACACUCAUUGCUUUAUUGUCCAAAGAAUAACAUGGAUGAUUACAGAACUGAAAAACAUCAGCCAACAUCUGGGCAGCGCCCAAUUCCUCAGCCUUUUUUUAAGGAUUUCAGAAAUCCUUUUACCAUGGCCCCUUCUGCCCACCCAUCUGCCAGGAAUGUACCUGCCUAUCCUGCUUAUAGAACACACUUAAAUACUAGACACAUUAACCUGUUCAAUAAGAGACCACUUUGUCCUCCUGUUAUGCAGCACUUGGAACAACCACUGGAUUUUUCCAUGCGGCGAGAGCAGAGUACAAGCUCCAACCAGGAAGAAACUCCUCAAAGACAGUUUGGAAUUAAAAGGACUUUCCAUCAAACUGAACCACAAUCCCACUACAGGGUUUUAAGUAAUUUUCAUCAGGAAAAUCCAUCCCUGGACAUUGCAUGUCAGGGACAAGACAGUGGUCAUGUUAAUAGUCAUACUUAUACGGGCUCUUCUACGUGCACUGGUGAUAUGUUUAAUAAAAAGCAGAGUCUUUGUUUUUCAGACCAAACAAAUAAUGUUUCUGUCGUAUCUAAAAAGCACAGGGUGGAAACUGACAAUAGCUGUAAAAAUGAUUCUUUGGUUAAACAUCAAAUGAUACACCAGCUAAAAGCAAUUGAGUCUAAGCACCCUCCUUCUCCUCCACUGCCAAUAAUUAACAAAGUCUUUAGUCUGGCCCCUUACAAAGCCUACUUAGAAGCUACAGGUUCAUUGACAUCUGCACGAGAUCCCAGUUGUCCAAUAACGACACAAGACUCAGAGCCACCAAAAGAUGAACCAAAAGCACAGAAUGCAGAUCCAAAAACUAUCUUAGACAAAGUUGUCUUAAAAUUGAAAGUAAAAACUGAGAAAAUAGAGUCUGAUGAAAGGGCAGAUCAGUCAGAAAAAGAGAGCAACAGUCCUAGGAUUAAUCAGAACAACCAUAAUGUAAAUGUUAAAAACGAACAAGGAAAUUUAGAAUCAACAGAGGGUGACACCAAAUGCAACUUGGUUACAAAAAGUGGCUUUUAUUCAAGUUCUAAGUUAGUCACACCUGAAAUGCCAGAACACCCCAUUGGAUGCAGUAAUGCGAAUAAAGUGAAGGAUGGACCUGCUAUAUCAGCUCAAAACGUUGAUGAAAAAUUUGUUUUUUCAGCCAGUUUGUCUGGCAAACGCUCAUUUUCAACUGAGCCAAAUCAAGCUCAAUUUUCCCUUAAUAAAAUUCCUCCUCAUUGCCUUAAACUAACUAGCUUUAAAAUAAAUUUGCCAGAAGCCUUUAAAACACCUGUGUCUUCAAGCCCUGAGGUUCUCCAGUCCUCUGUUGAGAAUAAAACAGGCAUAAGCAGCAGGCAAGCUCGGUAUCAGUUCAUGGAGCUUCACCAGUCACUCUGCCAACUUGUAUCAGGCUGCAUUUCUCAAACCUCACAUUGUGAGCUCAGGAACUGGUUGUCCAGGUUGGAUCUGGAUGAGUCUGCUUCUCCUCCAGCUAAAACACAAAAAGUCUCAUGUCUUCUGGGCUCCAAAGCUAGGGAGGUAUGGAUGAAAGAUGAAGGCAUGGUGAGGGCACUCCAGAAAGUCCUUUGUCACCUUGAGAACUAUGUAAAAAUUCAAGAGUGCCCAUUUCCUCAUGUCAUCAGAGCAGGGGCAGUGUUCAUCCCCAUGCUGGUAGUUAAGGAGGUGCUAUUUCCUCAGGUCCAGGGCACAUUUAUAGACCAGGUUCUACAAGAGCAUCGAGUUGAGUUGCGGCCAACCACACUGUCAGAGGAGAGACAGCUGACUCAACUGCACAAGCGGGCUUUUUCUUCUAAACUACGGAGGCUCCUGUCCCUUAAACACCUGCCAUGUAUAUAUCCAGAUGUCCUCAGUCUUCUCUACUAUGCUGGUGUCUGUGAAGUUCUUGAUUCUACUCCUACAGAUGAUGCACAAAAGGAAUAGAAGUGAACGCCACUUUUAAAAAAGAAUGCUCUGAUGAAGCUGAAAGUUCGUUUAACAUGUUUGAGGUGCACUGCAUGUCGCCAAAGCCACACACGCCAGAUGCUGCGCCGUGCGUUGAGAAUCCAAGGCGACCCUCUUACCAGAAAAGUCUUAGGAGCAAAGGGAGGGUUAAGGGGACCUGCAAGAGAAGGUUUUUAGGGGACAACACUUCCUCUGAAGGGGAACAACCUGCUGAGGAAUCGGAAAGCUGGACUUUUACCAACUGUUUGGAGGAAGAAAGAUGGGAAAAUGUACCGGCAGCCUGCACCGACGUAGACGCUCACGUUGAAGUGAAGAUUGAAUCGGAUGCCGAGCAAGAGCCCGACAAUUCCUGGGGACGGCCCUUGACGUCAGACGAUCUCUCAUCGGAAAGCACGGACGAGGAUACAGAGAUGAGCUCGUUGUCAUCGUAUGCGAGGCACAGGCCCGGUAGCUCUAAGAAGCGCUCGGACAUGGUUCUAAAGCUCAGGAAAGUCUAUUACACCAAAGGCCGACAAGGCCAAGUGUCUCACUACCAGAGAGUUCCGAACCAGCCUGAGAAACACAGAGGGAGACACAGACACCGAAAAAAGAAACGUAGAAGCUCCAAGGCUGGUAUUCGCUACAGAGUGAGGGGGUUCUCCUCAGAAUCCCAGCACCGCGCUUAUCUCUCUACUCAGCGUACUUCACAUCAUAGAAUGAGAUGGGUUCUGCGCUCGGCAGCACAGAACACUCAACAGGCCAUGAGGAACAGCUACCCGGAUCUAGUGGGCAAAAGGAUCCGCCAUCUGUAUGAAGAAAACGAUAAGACGGAGGUGUGGUACAAGGGGGUAGUGCUGCGAAUCCACGAGUCUCACCCCAACCCGCUAAAGACUGUGUUUGAGGUCAAAUAUGACAGCGAGCCCGAGUGGCAAUACUACCUGGAGCUGCUACUCGACUACAAGAAAGGGUGGCUUCAAAUUGAGGACUGAAGCGACUGAAGUGUAAAGGGCUUUUCUUUCAACUGUGAACUUUUUCAUUCUCGUUGCAUUUGUACAUUUUAAAAUGUGAAUAUUUCAAGCAUGCUUUUUAAAAUUCUGAAAAUCAGGUUUAAAGAAGGAUAAAAAAUAUUUAUAAAGAGUUGUGUAAAGUUUUAACAGCUGCUGUACCAGUUUUGGUCGUAUAUCUGUUUGAGAUAUUCCUAAACCCAAACAUUUCAGGUGCUCCACAUUCCAGGACUGUGAACUAGUACCAAAUGUCUUCUGUGUUUACAUUUUUUUAAAUUGCGGUUCACUUUUCGUACUGUGUUUAAACCAGCCGUAGCUUGUGACAAUCUAAGUGCCUUUCUGUUUAUUGAACCUGCUGUUAAAAAACCAGAUUCUUUCAAUAUUUGGAGAAACGAGGAAUUAACAGCCGGGGUGGAAAGCAGCAGUAACUAGCAGUUUUUUAAACUAAACCUAGACCUGUGUUUUGAUAAUAUUGGAUCACCCCCCCCCCCCCCCCAACCGUCUAUUAAAACUUCACUUUGCCUGUGAAAUUGCUGCUGAAAAAAAUGUCUUGUGUUUACUUUUUUACAAUAUUUACAUGUAGCAAUUUUUUUUUUUCUAAAACUUUAUUUUUGUUCUUGAGGUUUCUGCAUACAUCUUAAAUACCUGCUUUUGUGUUAAUAACCUCCUUCAUUGUAUUUGCUAAGUAGUAUAUAUAUUGUUACAGCCCCCUCUAAUGGUUAAAUUAAAAUCAGAAGUGUAAGCUA